AUGAUGGACCACGGAACAAGAUCUCAAGCCAGUAGAAAGUGGUACUAUUUCCGAUUCACAAGCUGCGUUAUCUUGUAUUCCCCCGUGAGAAUCUGGCCAUUAGGCAAACAGCUAUUAUGGUCUUUUAGCCCUGUUAGAAACGUUUUGCUGGGCGUAAUGGUGGUUUUUUCAGGAGUAAAGAGAAAAAAAACCAUCUUUAAGACUUCAACGGCCGGACAGAUAGCUAGCGAGGGCAAGACAGUGUUUACCCGUGGCUCUCGAGCUCGUGAGGUGGUACAAAAUGGACGAACAAUCCCUGGUUGCACGAAGGAUUUUUGCAGUUUGGUCGACAGCAUGGUGAGCAUGAAGCAGGGAACAGGCAUCUAA